CAUUCCUCUGUGGGCGGGACUUAGUAGCACCACCUCUGGGCCUCAGCCUUCGUCCAUCCUGAGCGGAUUGUUUGUUGUCAAAAUGGAGUUCUUACUUGGAAAUCCGUACAGCACUCCCGUGGGCCAAUAUAUAGAGAGGGCCACAGACGGAGGCCUACAGAAUGAGGACUGGACCCUCAACAUGGAGAUCUGCGAUAUCAUAAACGAGACGGAUGAGGGGCCAAAGGACGCCAUGCGGGCACUGAAGAAGAGACUUGGGGGCAACAAGAACUACAGAGAAGUGAUGCUGGCGCUCACGGUUUUGGAGACCUGUGUGAAAAACUGCGGUCGCAGGUUUCACGUCCAGGUGGCCAACCGGGAUUUCAUCGAUGGUGUGUUGGUCAGAAUCAUCUCCCCCAAAACCAAUCCUCCAACCAUCGUACAAGACAAAGUGCUGGCGCUCAUACAGGCGUGGGCUGAUGCCUUCAGGAGUUGUCCCGAUCUGACUGGUGUGGUCCACAUUUAUGAGGAACUAAAGAGGAAAGGCAUUGAGUUCCCGAUGGCCGACCUGGAUGCAUUAUCUCCCAUUCACACGCCGCAGAGGGGUACAGCAGAGGUGGACCCAGCCAUGAUCAAGUAUCUGGCUCCGGUCUCACCCGCUGCCGGGACUCCUAAACCGGCCCCGUCCCUCGCGGUGGACCCUACAUCUACUACACAGGCCUCCCUCCUGCCAAGCCCCAUCACGGCAACCCCCGAACAGAUCGCCCGGCUGCGCAGUGAGCUGGACGUCGUGAGAGGAAACACCAAAGUCAUGUCGGAAAUGCUAACAGAGAUGGUCCCUGGGCAGGAAAAUGCUUCUGACCUUGAACUGCUUCAGGAGCUGAACAGAACGUGCCGGGCGAUGCAGCAGAGGGUGGUCGAGCUGAUUUCACGCGUCUCUAACGAGGAAGUGACCGAGGAGCUGCUGCAUGUCAACGACGACCUCAACAACAUUUUCCUCCGAUACGACAGGUACGAGAGGUACAGGUCGGGGAGGGCCGCACAGAACAACGGGAUGUUGAAUGAGGCCACAGAGGACAACCUGAUAGACCUGGGCCCAGGCUCCCCUGCCGUGGUCACGCCCCGGAUCAGCUGUAGCUCUCCACCCAAAUCGACAUCCGGGGCCACCGCCUCCCCGGCCCAUAACCCCAGCACGGCCUCGCUCUCCACUGCACUAGCUGGGAUUGAUGUAGCUUCAGACAGCGGGACCCUGUCGUCUCUCCCAGGCCGCAACCAGGAUGACUUUGACAUGUUUGCUCAGACGAGGAGCAGCUCCUUGGCCGAGCAGCGUAAAAAUGUAAAGUAUGAGGACCCUCAGGCUCUGUGUAGCCUGGCCUCGGCUCUGGAUGUGAGACAACAGAACACAGGAGGGCUGAGUGUAAAAGGGGAUGAUAACCCAGCAGAUCAGGAGCUGCCCAUAGACAGCUGGCUUAUUACCCAAGGAAUGAUCCCCGUAUCGCAGUCCUCUGUCAUGGAUGACAUAGAGGAGUGGCUCUGUGCUGACGUGAAAGGGGAUGCUGCCGAGGAAGGGGUGACCAGUGAAGAGUUUGACAAGUUCCUGGAGGAGCGAACGACGGCCCCGGACCCUCUGCCGUCUCCCCUCGCAGCUCCCCCCGCUCGUGCCCCUGCUGGCUCCCACAAGAAGGCUGAACGGACGGAGGACGCCCUCUUUGCCCUGUAGACUCUUCCUGGAGGAGAAUCCAGGGGGAAUCUGGAGGAAGCCGCCCUGAUGAUGAAUGAGUCCUCCCCUGCAGUAGCUGCAGUCCCCGUCGCAGCAGGUGAUCUUCACCUCUUCGUUAUCCUCCUAGAGAGUUGCUUUAACGCGGAGAGGUCCAACACACAGCCGCGUUGCUAUAUAUGGGUGUGUUAAUCUGUCAGUGUGGGAUUGACAACUUGCAACUCCCCCUAACCCCACCAAAGGAAGACGAGCAAACUUGUCUGAUGUGGUUUAAGAAAAAUGUGGCUGAGAGGUUAAAUGAAGGACUUCACUGAAGGUGAAGGAAUGCGUUGAGGGGGAAUGGAAGCAUACAGCAUUCAGCUAAUCGCUAAUUUAUGCGUUUCUUGUUUUAAUGGUUUAUUCUGUACUAGCACAGUGGUCUUGGUCAAUCCAGGCUCCUUUUUUGUUUCCUCCACAAAAUACUCCAGUUGGAGCUCUAGUCUUGCUUUUUAAUACUGAGGUAUGUGUGAAAUGGCAACAAAGAAAAUUAUCCAAUUUGCCUGAAGCUUUGGGGGACAAAGAGAUUAUGUUAAAAGGCUCAUUUUGACAACUUAUACAAAUAUAUAAAGCUACUCUUGAUAAGCCAGCAUUCCUUUUGCCAAAAGGCAUAAAAAAUAAAAUAAAAAAUCUAAGAAGCACUUGUUCAAACUCUUUUGAAAUGUAUUUCAAAUGGCUACGGGAAGGAAUGUGUCCAUGCAAUAUUUCCCAUGAGUCUUUUCAGUCCUCUGAAAGGCUUCAGCAAAUUAGCUGCUCUUGAACAAUUGCAAACACUUUAAGCCAUUCCAAAGAAAACUGAGGCUGCGAUGACCAACCAGUAUUGAAUUUGACCUGUUAACAAACAUGCGGAAGAAAUGUUAAGGGAUUAGGGUAAUUUUCUUCCCCCUGUUACAUUAAUCUCAUUAAUACAUUAAUCUCAUACUUUGAAGCAAAAAUUAGUCAAAGUUUUUCUUUGUUUUUAGAAGAUGGUUACUAUUUUUCUAGGGGAUGUGGAAAUGGUCUAUAGAUUUAAUUUAUUUUGCACAUAACUUUAGUCACUGUGUCAUUGCAGGGCUUUUUCCCAUAUAUGCGGAUUGAAGGGCAGUUACACUUACCAUUGAACUUUUAAGGGAUUUAAAGAAAUGGCACACAGAUGUGAGACAGAAUAUGGCAUUUAAAUGAUGAGCAUCACUUACUGCUUGCAUCAUAAUGAAGUAUAGAAUACAAGUAUAGCUUACAGUAAUACACUGUAUUAAAUGUUGUAUUAAUAUAGGUAGAGAUCCAGUUUAAGCUGCGAUAUAUCAUCAAAAUACAGGAAAUUUAGUGUCUGCAUCUGGCUAAAAUUAUUCAGGCUCGUAGUAAUAUCAAGGCGGCAGAGAGGUUUGUGUAUGAUUUGAUCCCCUCAUUUAUCUUUUUGUGAUUGAGCAUGAAACAUGCAGCAAACAAUCACAAUAGUACUUCCUUUGAUCUGUGCAAUCAAAGACGGGCUUUUGUUAUUGAUGUUUUUCAUUCUGGUAGAAUUCAUCUGCUCCUGUCAGAGCUGCUGCCAAACAUUUCUGUGAUUGGCUCAUUUUAACAAAGUGUCUGCGACCUGCGUUUGUCUUUGAAGCAAAACUCAAUUUUGUCCCUAACAACCCCCGCCCACACUUUUAUUUUUGGUGGGGUGGAGUCUAUUUUGUUAUAACAUUUUUUUGGCACUUGAAAGAUUUUUAGUUCAAUAAAAACCAAACUCCUCGUCAAUCAAGGCACCCCCAAAUCGUAAAGGCCUAAUUUGUGAAUCAACAUUUCACGGUGUCAGUAUAGGCCUUCCUCCUACAGGAGAAAUAUUCAUAAUUACAAUGGUGACAUUGAAAAUGAUUUUUGUCAGUGUAAUCAAUAUUUUAAAUAUUAAAAUGUAUUUUAGUUACAAAAUGAAUGAUUAAUUAUCUUUAAUGUUUUUGAUGCUGUAUGGUUACAUAUGGUUUAUGGAUUUAAUAUGGUUGCCACGUAACUGAGAUAAUAGCGUUACAUUUGCAAUCAACCAGUGUACACUUUAAUUAAAUAAAUAACACUUGCAGGCUGAACAAAAAUAAUUAAUAAAUAUGUAACCGGGAGAUCCUUUAAAAGGGAACUUGAGUAUUUUUCUGUUUGUAUGUUACGUAUCUUUGGAUCUGUAACAGAGUAUUGUGUUACUUGCUUUUAUGAAGCUUGGAUUCUGAUUGCAACAUGCUAUCUCAAAAUGUUUAUUGAAUGUACUAAAGAAGCGGAACAGUGAGCAAAUGUUCCUCUGACAUGGAAGAGAGGCUUGUUUUCUGUCUGCUGGUGUCCCAUGUCUGUUUUCCUGUGCCGUCCGCUGCCAUUACUAAUGGUCAGACUUUGGUUUGACCUAAUGCACGUAUAUAACUGGCCAAUAAAACACUACCAAUGCGUGACCUCUA